GGGAAACUUAUCUUAGAACUGCAGCACAGCAGCUGCCAUGGCCCUGGCAAAUCCACUGGAAAAGCUUCACGAAGAGGCUGUCUGUUCUAUCUGUCUGGAGUAUAUGAGUGACCCGGUAAGCAUAGACUGCGGACACAAUUUCUGCCAAGUGUGCAUUGCCAAGUACUGCCAGGAGAAAGGGCUUCAUGCAGAUGGACCCUUUACCUGCCCUCAGUGCCGGGAGGCAUUUCAUAAGGGCAGCUUCAGGCCAAACAAGCAGCUGGCCAACAUUGUGGAAAGCAUCCAGCAGCUGCAGCUGAGGACGGGCAAGGAGCAGGUUGGGGCGCUGUGUGGAAAGCACGAGGAACGGCUCAAGCUCUUCUGUGAGGAGGAUGGGGAAGCCAUCUGCGUGGUUUGCAGGGAGUCCGUGCAACAUCGGCCACACACCGUCUACCCCAUUGAAGAGGCUGCCCAGGUGUAUAAGAUUAAACUGCAGAAAUCUUUGGAUCAUUUAUCAAAAGAGGUGGAUGAAGUUAAAAAAUGGGAGUCAUUGGAAAGGAUGAAAGCUCAGAAAUGCAAGGAGAUAGUUAAGAAUAAGCGUGAGAAGAUUGUGACUGAGUUUGGGAAACUGCAUCAGCUGCUGGCUGAGGAGGAGAAGCUGCUUUUACAGAAGCUGGAAGAGGAGGAGAAGAAGAUUCUGCUGAAGAUCAAUGAAAACUUAGCUAGGAUUUUGGAGCAAAGAUCCUCUCUGGACAAGCUGAUCAUGGAAAUAAGAGAGAAAUUUCAGCUGCCAGCGGGUGGGCUACUUUGUGACAUGAAAAGCAUUUUGCGCAGGUAUGAAGAUAUGAAAUAUCAGGCCCCAGAAACUUUUUCUGUGGCCCUGAGAGAGAACUACAGCAUCCCAGUGCAUUGCCUUGGUAUGAGAGACCUGCUGAAGAAAUUCAAAGAGGAUGUGACUCUGGACCCAGAGACAGCUCAUCCUGAACUCAUCCUGUCUGGUGACCGAAAAUGUGUGAGACGUGGUGGCAAGAAGCUGGUCCUAUCUCUGUUUGAUAAUCCCAAGAGGUUUAAUACCACCCCACUGGUGCUGGGAUCUCAGGUCUUCUACACAGGCCGGGGCUACUGGGAAGUGCAGGUGGGAGACAAGACAGAAUGGGGAUUGGGGAUAUGCAGGGAGUCAGCCACCAGGAAGGGAACAAUUGUCUUGCUGCCCAGCAAUGGCUACUGGAUGAUGCGUUUGCAGAAUGGAGGCCAAUAUGAGGCCCUCACUUCCCCUGCCACCCCGCUCCAGCUGAGUGUGAGGCCUAGGCGGGUUGGGAUCUUUCUGGACUAUGAGGCUGGAGAGAUUACGUUCUACAAUGUGACUGACCGGUCCCAUAUCUAUACAUUCACUGACAAGUUCUUUGGAAAUCUCCGUCCUCUCUUCUAUCCUGGUGCUUCUGUGGGAGGCAAAAAUAUUGAACCCCUGGUGAUCUCAUGGGUAAGGGACACAGAUGGCAGUGGGUGUGUGAUUUUGUAGCCUUCUAGAUCAAGGAGGUGCAAAAAGGCAUCUCCUUUGUCUCUUACAUCAGCACAGCAGAGGGGGAGGGAUGGGAGUGGAAUUAUCUAGCUCUGAAGAACUAUCACUGAUUCAUUUCAGAUCUGGCUAGUUUUGCUCCCCUUCUAGGCUCUGAGCAGAUGGGGUGGAAGGAAUAGGGUGCUGAUGGGGAGCAGGGGUGGAGAAGCAGUGCAGGAGGGAGGCAGAGGUGCUGUAUAAGUAGAGUGACACAACAUGAUGUCCUGCUUGGCUGGAGAUGUGGUAGAUACCAUUACUGAAAAAUUAACAUUGACUUGGUCCAUUCAUGCCCAUUACUCACCAGUAAAAGGUCCCAGUGCCAUUCCUGCAAGAGUGCUUCACAUAGCAGUGAAUGAUAAAUGUGGGGGUUCUGUGGGUGGUGAGUGGGAUGUGAGAGUUUGGAUCCCACCCCUUUGGUGACCUACAGGUGACUGAUUUUUUAAAAUGUGAUAGGUAGGGAAAGAAGUGACUGGUUAGAUGUUACUUACAGACUAAGUACUUGAUUUUGGUGACAGGGACUCUACACUGCUCUGUGUAUGCUGUCUUCAUGUUGAUGUAGCAGUGAAUCAUAUUUAAACAAAACCAAUAAAGCAUGACUUUAUGAA